CGUAUCAAAGUUUCGCCUUCCAAAGUACUGUCGGCAGGUUGAGGGAAGGUGUUCGGAGGUGCACAUACGUCUUUGGAAUGUGAACAUGUAGCUUCAGAUGAACUAUUUUCCAGGUGCGAGCCCCGGAAAAUGGUUGUAUAUCUUUCUGGGUGGCUCCGCUAACGUUUGGGUGUUCACAAGAAGAUGCGUUCUGAAGGAUGCAGCAGUAAUAUUCAAAUAGGUUUACGUUCUGUUUAGUUUUUCUUUAGUUUCUUCUGAACUAGUACUCACGAUGCCCUGCGCGCCCUUCUUUCUCAUACGGGAGGUGUUCUCAUCCCCAAACAGAAACAGGACACUCUUGUCUGCUUUCAUUCAUUUGCUGUACCAAUCGAAAGUGACGUCUGUGGAACGGAUUUACCAAGGAUUACCACGAUACUUCACCGGGAGUGUCGCACAAGACGAAGGCCUUGAGUGGAGAUACGCUUCGAUUCACACCGGCGGCAGGGAAUAAGCCGUCCUGUGAGCUACCACGUGCUUCGGAAAGCGCCCAAGUGUCCUGUGACGCUUUCAGUUUGCUUGUGUGCGUGUGUGUGUUCGUGCAGUUCAUCGACUUCGUUAGCGUGAUUAAAGCGUAUUGCUUGGAACGGUUGAGCGACGAAAGCGUGCGUGCUUUGGUUGUAUUGUGCUACGCUGGUUGUGUGAAUCUCAACGAUGGCUGUAGGAGGCUGGUUUAGCGGAGGUGCGCAAUCGUCGCUGCUUCAUGCCUACCUAGAAACAUCUGGGGGUGCGUCUACCGAGACAGCACUUUCGGAUCACACAGGCGGCAAUGGGAAAUACUGCCACCCGGACACAUGGCACAGACUUUGUCGAAGUAAAGCAACGUGCACUGCGGGCACAGUGCGUGCGUUGACUCGGUCAUUCAGUGCCAAGUGUGUUUCUGUAGUAACUAGGACGCACUCUUACUUGAAACAUUCUACGAUAUUACGAGCAGUCAGUGUGAAGGCGACACCAGUUGAGGAUCAGCACAAGCACCGGCGAACAUCAUCUGAUCGGCAACGAUGUCAACACCCCACGAAACAACAACCACAAAAGCGAAGCGACGGUGGAGCCGAUGCCACCAAAGAACCGGUGUAUGUCAACAAUGAUGUGGAACGUAGGACCGCGUGGAUGCCCGCGUUGUGCGCCGGUGUCGUGGCCGUGCUGUGUUACAUGAACUCGCUGGAUGGUGAUUUCGUGCACGAUGACGUUGUGGCCGUGGUCGGUAACCCCGACGUCACCGGCGAAAAUAGACGACACGCAGCAUCUUCGUCGUUGUCGUCGCUUUGGAUGAACGAUUUCUGGGGGCGACCGAUGGCGGAUCCUCGAAGCCACAAGUCGUACCGGCCGCUCACAGUGCUCACUUUCAGAGCCAACUACUACGUCAAUGGGCGGCAGGUGCGUGGCUACCACGUGGUCAAUGUCACCCUGCACUGCGCAUGCUCAGUGUUGGUGGCUGUCGUCGCACGCCGUGUGAUGAGAAUAGCUGUGCUCCAUGCGUGCCUGGCCGCGAUGCUGUUCGCUGGUCAUCCAGUGCACACCGAGGCCGUGUCGAGUAUAGUGGGCCGUGCCGAGGUGCUGUGCUGCCUCUUCUUUUUGCUGUCUCUCCUCUGCUACCACCGCUGCCAACGUUCUCGAGAUGUACAAGGAGGUCAUGAAAGGUCGAAGUGGCUCGCAGCUUGUGGCCUGCUCUCCGUGUGUGCGCUCCUCUCGAAAGAGCAAGGCAUCACAGUACUGCCGCUGUGCAUGGCUCUUAGAGUGUGCACAUUAGUGUGUGAUUCUAUGCACGCGGAACAAGAGACUCGGUGCCAUAAAGCUCAGUACCGGAAGUGGCCAGUCUGCAGAUACUGUAUACGAGACAUUGCCCACCGAUGCAUCACGGAUUGUGAGCUUGUGAAGCUGACGGCACUG